AUGAUGUACAUAAGAGCUCUCAGUCCUGAAGAUGAAAAAAUUCGGUACGCUCGUGAGAUUGAGAAAGUACGUGAAUAUAGCAUGACCCAGUGGUCCGAAGUUAACGUGUGGAGUCUCGCACCCAAGUCGUCAACGCAGUCGUCAGAUGUCGCAGAGAUGCAGCUCGAUGUCACCUUCAACUCUGCGACUGCAAUUCCAUCCCUCUUUAUUCUCGUUCCAUUCGUGUUGCUGAUUCUUUCUGGCACCUCGGAAAAUGUAUUCGUCGAAGGAGCCGGAAUCCCUUACUAUGCUGAGUUGUUCCCUGCAAUCGCCAUCUGUAUAUUUUCGCUCUAUUCGAUCGCUGACGUCAUCAUCAUGAUGACGUUAACAGAACCUUAUCGACAGUUCAUCAUUGGUCUGAUAUGUCGAAGAAGCGAUGAAGCUGUUCACGUUCUUUAUUAA